UCCUAAUAUUGAAUUAGCCCCCCACACUUUAAGGCGUUGUUUUGCUACUUACAACCUUUUGGCCGGAAUGCCUCUCAACAUUUUACAAAAAGUAUUAGGCCAUAGUCGCGUUUCUACUACUGCUUUAUAUAUUAAAGAUAGUGAUUUAGCCAACUUGCUGAAAUUUAAACCUAUUAGUUAA